AUGACGAUACAGUAUGCUCAAGAUAUUAGAAAUGCUUCUAUAUGGUCUAAUGUUAGAGUUCUUUUAAGAUGGAAAGGAAGUGUCUGGAAGGGUGUUUAUAAAGAAUUUAUUGUUUGGGCAUUAUUAUUUAUAGCUAUCUAUUUAUUAGUUAGAUUUGGAUUUAAUGAUGAACAAAAAAUAACUUUUGAUAGAGUUUCAUAUGCUAUAUUAAAAUUUCAAUCAUUUAUUCCUUUAACAUUUAUGUUAGGAUUUUAUGUAACACAAGUUGUUAUGAGAUGGUUUUUAAUAAUUGAUAAUUUAUCAUUUAUUGAUAGUUUUUCAAUUUAUUGUACACAAUAUAUAUCAGGAAUGGAUAUUCGUUCACAAUUUAUGAGAAGAUCAAUAUUAAGAUAUAUGGCAACAUCUCAAGUUCUUGUUUAUAGAGAUAUCAGUCCAAAAGUUAGAAAACGUUUUCCAGAAUAUUCUCAUAUUAAAGAUCAAGGAUAUCUUACAGAAGAUGAAUGUGAAAAACUUUCUCAUCAAGCAAGAAAUACUUUAGCACCAUGGUGGAUUCCAGUAUCCUGGGCAAUGAAAUUAAUUAUAGAUGCUUCAAAAGAAGGUAGAUUAGAUAAUGGUCAUUUUGGUGUACAAGAUUGUUUAGGAAAAAUUAUGGCAUUUAAAGGUUCACUUCAACAAUUAUUAAUAUAUGAUUGGUUUCCAAUACCAUUAUCUUAUACUCAAAUAGUUUCAAUUGCCGUUAGAAGUUAUUUUUUCUUUUGUUUAAUUAGUAGACAAAAAGGAAUGUCAAAUGAAUUUUAUGAUAAAAAAAAUAAAUCACUUAAUUUAUAUGUACCAAUAUUUACUGUAUUACAAUUUAUUAUUUAUAUGGGUUGGUUAAAACUUGCUGAAGAAUUGGUAAAUCCAUUAGGUAAUGAUGAUGAUGAUAUUGAUGUAGAUUUUGUUUUAAAUAGAAAUUUAUCAGCUGGACUUGGAAUUGUAGAUAAAGAUUUAGAAUUUACACCAUCAAUUAUUGGUGAUGUAAUGUAUAAAAAACCAUAUCCGAAAGUAUUAAAUACUCCAGAAGUUAAUGAAUUUCCAUAUGAAACUUUAUUAAAAAAAGGAAAAAUUAAUUAA